AUGGAUCCCAAGCCAGAUAAAGUCACAUUCACUCUUCACACUUCCCUCAAAAUCCCAGCGGGCCUUAGUGUUCAUACGGAUCCCCUCAACCUGAGCUUGUUCAAUCAAGAUGUGAAACCAUUUGAACCGUACCUGCUCGUGGCGCUUCCGGCUUACAACUUGAAGGGGGGCACCAAUAUGAUGAGUGUGACCCGACACAACACUGAAAUCCUCAACAAACCCCAAUUUAUAAAGACAUUAACCACUGCGGUCUACCAAAAACGGUUUGUGAUGUCUGCAAAAGGCUCUACAGUUGGUCACCUUGGGGCGCUCAAGGCGCCUUUGACGCUGGAAAAAAAUAUUGAACUGGAUGGACUGGAUAAGUUUAAAGGUUUCUCUAUUCCUUCAGCCCGUCUGAUUAUUCCCGAGGAAGAGGAUGGUACGAACCUGGUGGGCACCGCGGUUUUACCCAACCGCUCCGUUUUCACCUUUGCAAUGGGAAACGUGACUCUGAAUCUCCAAAGUGCCGGCUUAAUCAUCGGACAAGCGACCUCCUACAACGUUCUUUUACGGCCUGGGAAUAACACGAUCGAGUUGCGAGGUCGGGUAGAUAUCAAAACUGUGAUGGACAACCUUUUAGAAAUUCUCGGCACGCAAAUGGCUGCCUUGCUUGGCGGUGACUUACAGCUUGAGGCUACCGGAAAUUCGACCAUCUACGACAACCAGCAUAUUCGUUACUACGAGGAGAUCCUGAACAACCUUACGCUCACCACUCGCGUCCCCAUUUUGAAGAUUUUGAUGGAUACGCUUGAUGGUGUGAAGCAGUCGAACUCGAACUCCAAUAGCUCUUCAUUGCAAGAGGGGAUCCAGCAAAUUUCUCAUAUCAUGGGUGGUUUGUCGAAUUCAACAACUCCCGAUAGUUUAUCUCAGUCGCUUAAGCUUCUUGUAAAUACCUAG